CGAGCCACGGGCGGAUUGAUCGCUAGUAUUUGUUUCGGGGUGGUAAAAAGCGAAGAUGGCGAACGACUCCCCUGCAAAAAGUCUGGUGGACAUCGACCUCUCCUCGCUGCGGGACCCUGCUGGGAUUUUCGAGCUGGUGGAAGUGGUUGGAAAUGGCACCUAUGGACAAGUCUAUAAGGGUCGGCAUGUUAAAACAGGUCAGCUGGCGGCCAUCAAAGUUAUGGAUGUUACUGAGGAUGAAGAAGAAGAAAUCAAACUGGAGAUAAAUAUGCUGAAAAAGUAUUCUCAUCAUAGAAAUAUUGCAACAUACUAUGGUGCUUUCAUUAAAAAGAGCCCUCCAGGACAUGAUGACCAACUCUGGCUUGUUAUGGAGUUCUGUGGAGCUGGGUCCAUUACAGACCUUGUGAAGAACACCAAAGGAAACACACUCAAAGAAGACUGGAUCGCUUAUAUUUCCAGAGAAAUCCUGAGGGGACUAGCACAUCUUCACAUUCAUCAUGUGAUUCAUCGGGAUAUCAAGGGCCAGAAUGUAUUGCUGACUGAGAAUGCAGAGGUGAAACUUGUUGAUUUUGGUGUUAGUGCUCAGCUGGACAGGACAGUUGGACGGAGAAACACAUUCAUAGGCACCCCUUAUUGGAUGGCUCCUGAGGUCAUCGCCUGUGAUGAGAACCCGGACGCCACCUAUGACUACAGAAGUGACCUUUGGUCUUGUGGCAUUACUGCCAUUGAGAUGGCAGAAGGUGCUCCCCCUCUCUGUGACAUGCAUCCAAUGAGAGCACUGUUUCUCAUUCCCAGAAACCCUCCUCCCCGGCUGAAGUCAAAAAAAUGGUCAAAGAAAUUUUUUAGUUUUAUAGAAGGAUGUCUGGUGAAGAAUUACAUGCAGCGGCCCUCCACAGAGCAGCUUUUGAAACAUCCUUUUAUAAGGGAUCAGCCUAAUGAAAGGCAAGUUAGAAUCCAGCUUAAGGAUCAUAUAGACCGGACCAGAAAGAAGAGAGGGGAGAAAGAUGAAACUGAGUAUGAGUACAGUGGGAGUGAAGAAGAGGAGGAGGAAGUGCCUGAACAGGAAGGAGAGCCAAGUUCCAUCGUCAAUGUGCCUGGUGAGUCUACUCUGCGUCGGGAUUUCCUGAGACUGCAGCAGGAAAACAAGGAACGUUCUGAGGCUCUGCGGAGACAGCAGCUACUGCAGGAGCAACAGCUCCGGGAGCAGGAAGAGUACAAGAGACAACUGCUGGCAGAGAGGCAGAAACGGAUUGAGCAGCAGAAAGAACAGAGGCGGCGACUAGAAGAGCAACAAAGAAGAGAGCGUGAAGCUAGAAGGCAGCAAGAACGUGAACAGCGAAGGAGAGAACAAGAAGAAAAGCGGCGUAUAGAGGAACUGGAGAGAAGGCGUAAAGAAGAAGAAGAGAGGAGACGGGCAGAAGAAGAAAAAAGGAGAGUGGAAAGAGAACAGGAGUAUAUCAGGCGACAACUAGAAGAGGAGCAGCGGCACUUGGAAAUUCUUCAGCAGCAGCUGCUCCAGGAGCAGGCCAUGUUACUGGAGUGCCGAUGGCGGGAGAUGGAGGAGCACCGGCAGGCAGAAAGGCUCCAGAGGCAGUUGCAACAAGAACAAGCAUAUCUCCUAUCUCUACAGCAUGAUCACAGGAGGCCGCACCCGCAGCAGCAGCCACCACUGCAGCAGGAAAGGAGCAAGCCCAGCUAUCACACUCCGGAGCCCAAACCCCAUUAUGAGCCAGCUGACAGAGCUCGUGAGGUGGAAGAUAGAUUUAGGAAAACUAACCACAGCUCCCCUGAAGCCCAGUCUAAGCAGACAGGCAGAGUAUUGGAGCCACCAGUGCCUUCCCGAUCAGAGUCUUUUUCCAAUGGCAACUCCGAGUCUGUGCAUCCUGCCCUUCAGAGACCAGCGGAGCCACAGGUACAGUGGUCCCACCUGGCAUCUCUCAAGAACAAUGUUUCCCCUGUCUCGCGAUCCCAUUCCUUCAGUGACCCUUCUCCUCCCAAAUUUGCACACCAUCAUCUUCGUUCUCAGGACCCAUGUCCACCUUCCCGCAGUGAGGGGCUCAGUCAGAGCUCUGACUCUAAGUCGGAGGUACCCGACCCUACCCAAAAGGCAUGGUCUAGAUCAGACAGUGACGAGGUGCCUCCAAGGGUACCUGUGAGAACAACAUCUCGUUCCCCUGUUCUGUCCCGUCGGGAUUCCCCACUGCAAGGCAGUGGACAGCAAAAUAGCCAAGCAGGACAGAGAAAUUCCACCAGCAGUAUUGAGCCGAGGCUCCUGUGGGAGAGAGUGGAAAAACUGGUGCCCAGGCCAGGCAGUGGCAGCUCCUCGGGGUCCAGCAACUCAGGAUCCCAGCCUGGGUCCCACCCUGGGUCUCAGAGUGGCUCCGGGGAACGCUUCAGAGUGAGAUCAUCAUCCAAGUCUGAAGGCUCUCCAUCUCAGCGCCUUGAAAAUGCAGCAAAAAAACCUGAAGACAAAAAAGAAGUGUUUAGACCUCUCAAGCCUGCUGGCGAAGUGGAUUUGACUGCACUGGCCAAAGAGCUUCGAGCAGUAGAAGAUGUGCGGCCACCUCACAAAGUGACAGACUACUCCUCCUCCAGUGAGGAGUCAGGGACGACAGAUGAGGAAGACGAUGACGUGGAACAAGAGGGGGCUGAUGAAUCCACCUCAGGACCAGAGGACACCAGAGCAGCGUCAUCUCUGAAUUUGAGCAAUGGUGAAACAGAAUCUGUGAAAACCAUGAUUGUUCAUGAUGAUGUUGAAAGUGAACCAGCCAUGACCCCAUCCAAGGAGGGCACCCUAAUCGUCCGCCAGAGUACAGUUGACCAAAAGCGUGCCAGCCAUCAUGAGAGCAAUGGCUUUGCCGGUCGCAUUCACCUCUUGCCAGAUCUCUUACAGCAAAGCCAUUCCUCCUCCACUUCCUCCACCUCCUCCUCCCCAUCCUCCAGCCAGCCGACACCCACCAUGUCCCCACAGACACCCCAGGACAAGCUCACUGCUAAUGAGACUCAGUCCGCUAGUAGCACACUCCAGAAACACAAAUCUUCCUCCUCCUUUACACCUUUUAUAGACCCCCGAUUACUACAGAUUUCUCCAUCUAGUGGGACAACAGUAACUUCUGUGGUAGGAUUUUCCUGUGAUGGAAUGAGACCAGAAGCCAUAAGGCAAGAUCCUACCCGGAAGGGCUCAGUGGUUAAUGUGAAUCCCACCAAUACUAGGCCACAGAGCGACACCCCUGAAAUUCGAAAAUACAAGAAAAGAUUUAACUCGGAGAUUCUGUGUGCUGCUUUAUGGGGGGUGAAUUUGCUAGUGGGCACAGAGAGUGGUCUGAUGCUGUUGGACAGAAGUGGCCAAGGGAAGGUAUAUCCUCUGAUCAACCGAAGACGGUUUCAGCAAAUGGAUGUACUUGAGGGCUUAAAUGUCUUGGUGACAAUAUCUGGCAAAAAGGAUAAGUUACGUGUCUACUAUUUGUCCUGGUUAAGAAAUAAAAUCCUUCACAAUGAUCCAGAAGUUGAGAAAAAGCAAGGAUGGACAACUGUAGGAGAUUUAGAAGGAUGUGUACACUAUAAAGUUGUAAAAUAUGAGAGAAUCAAAUUUCUGGUAAUUGCUUUGAAGAGUUCUGUGGAAGUCUAUGCGUGGGCACCUAAGCCAUAUCACAAAUUUAUGGCCUUUAAGUCAUUUGGAGAAUUGGUACAUAAGCCAUUACUGGUGGAUCUUACUGUUGAAGAAGGCCAGAGGUUGAAAGUGAUCUAUGGAUCCUGUGCUGGAUUCCAUGCUGUUGAUGUGGAUUCAGGAUCAGUCUAUGACAUUUAUCUACCAACACACAUCCAAUGUAGCAUCAAACCCCAUGCAAUCAUUAUACUUCCCAACACGGAUGGGAUGGAGCUUCUUGUGUGCUAUGAAGAUGAGGGGGUUUAUGUGAACACAUAUGGAAGAAUCACGAAGGAUGUGGUUCUGCAGUGGGGAGAGAUGCCAACGUCUGUAGCAUAUAUUCGAUCCAAUCAGACAAUGGGCUGGGGAGAGAAGGCCAUAGAGAUCCGGUCUGUGGAAACUGGUCAUUUGGAUGGUGUGUUUAUGCACAAAAGGGCUCAAAGACUAAAAUUCUUAUGUGAACGCAAUGACAAGGUGUUCUUUGCCUCAGUUCGGUCUGGUGGCAGCAGUCAGGUUUAUUUCAUGACCUUAGGCAGGACUUCUCUACUGAGCUGGUAGAAGCAGUGUGAUUUAGGGAUUGCUAACUUCAGAGUCUUCAAGAUCCUGAGAACUUGGAAUUCCUUGCAACUGGAGCUUGGAGCUGCACCGGUGCAGCCAGGACAGCUGUGUGUCCAGGCCUCAUGUGUUGAGUUCUUUAUCUCCUUUCCUUCCCACUCUUUAGCCAGUUUAUUCCCAUUCUUUUUCUUUUCCUUACUCAAAAAUAAAUCAAGGCUGCCUCGCAGCUGGUGCUGUUCAGAUUCUACCAUGGGUGCUAGAAGUGUUUGGGGUUGAGCAUCAGACCAGAAAGAACACCUUCCUGCAGCUCCAGAAUUCCUUGUCUCUGAAUGACUCUGUCUGUGGGUGUCUGGAGGUGGUGAUGAUGAACUUGCCACCGGUUUUGUGGUGGUGGGCACAAGGAGGUGAAAAAGUGGUGAUGAAAGGAGCAGUUUGCUAAAGCAGAGAGCAGAUUUAAUAUAGUAACAUUAACAAUGUAUUUAAUUGACAUUUCUUUUUUGUAAUGUGACAAUAUGUGGAGAAAGAAGAAGGUGCAGGUUUAAGAAGUUAAUAUUUAUAAAAUGUGAAAGACACAGUUACUAGGAUAACUUUUUUGUGGGUGGGGUUUUGGGGUGGGUGGGCUAAGGGUCCCAUUUUGUUUCUUUGAGUUUUAUUUUGGGGGGCAGGGUUGUCCUGGCCAGGAAAUCAGUCAUUUUUCUGUGUACCAAGUUUUGCCUACAUCAUGUGCAGAUGGUUCUAAAAAAAAAUGAAAAAGAAAAAAAGAAGGAAAAAGAAAACAUGUGCAUUUUGUAUAAUGGCCAGAACUUUGUUGUGUGACAGUAUUAGCACUGCCUCAGUUAAAGGUUUAAUUUUUGUUUAAACCUAGAAGUGCAACAACAGUUUUACCACAGUCUGCACUUGCAGAAGAAAAAAAAAUUCAACCUACAUGUUUAUUUUUUGCCUACCUCAUUGUUUUUAAUGCAUUGAGAGGUGAUUUAGUUUGUUUUUGGAUGAAAAUAUUGUUUAAUUUAAUACCAAAACUAUUUGAUUGGAGUUUGACUGUUAUUUUGUCACAAGUCUAAGCAGGCACAAGAAAAACUGUCUAUGAUGGUGGGAAAUGGCCUUAUGGCUAAUGCAAUUUGCUUUCAAAGUUUAGAAAGCAGAAUGCUGCAUUUUCAUCCGACUCACUGUUAGUGGUUGAUGGGCAACUGUUGCCUACAACAUAGCAAUCUCAAUUGGGAUUGGUAGCAGACAGGUGGUCAUGUUAGAGUAGUCACACAAAACUGUUCAGUGUUGCAGAAACCUUUUCUUGGGGGUGAGGGUUUGUCCCUUUUCUAAAAAUGCAAUGCACUAAACUAUUUUAAGAAUGUAGUUAAUUCUACUUAUUCAUAAAGAUGACAUCUUCUUGUGUUUUAGGUGUAACAUUCAAAGCCCUGGCUUUUGUUUUCUCACUUGCUCUCUUGUUCUCUGUUUUUUAAACUAAUUUUACUUUAUGAAUAUGUUCGUGACAUUUGUAAUAAAUGUCUUGAGUAAUAAUUUGUUUCACGGCUUUGUGGUUAUCACUCCAUUCCUCUAAGGAUGCUAGAUGUCAGUGAAGGAGCAAUGCCCAGUCACGGCUCCACCAUCUUGCUUUCCUCUUGUUGUGUUCUGAGUGGGAAUAUUGUAUAACAACUGCUGUGCACUUCAUUCCUCAAACAGAAGCUUUAUGUUUUGUAGUCUUGAUCUUCCUUUGUGGUUGAUUUUCUUAAGUAGCAUGAAAAUGGGGCUUUUCCCUAUUUUUCACCCCAAAAUGUAAGAGUCAUCUGCACAUAUUUGCCAAGCCUCUACCCAAGCUUGUCAACGUUGGCAUCUCUUCUAGCAGCUUUCAUGUAUGUCAUUUUUGCCAAAGGCUCUCCUUUGAACCAUAGUACAUACAUUCACAAACGCAGAAAAAUAGCUUGAUACCCACAAGGACAAGAUAAGCUGAGAAAGCCUUACUUUGUUUUGGAGGGUCAGGAAAAUGAAAACGUUUUUUCCCUUGGUAUGACUUUGGAGUAGUGCUAAUGGCCAAAGUGGGCAGAACAGUUUCUUCUGUACUACUUUAUGGUUGACCUAGAAGACCUAAUCCCAGUUAUGAAAGGUGCUGAGACGGACCAGAUUCCAUCACCAAAGGACUUCAGUUGGAAUCAAAUGACUGUUGGCAAUACAUUCAUGUUUAGGCUUUUCAUAAGAUGAAAGGUGCUGUGGUGAAUGCACGUAUCAAGAAAAGUCAGAAACUACUCAGGUGAUGUGGCCCUUUCCCUGACUCUAGAGAGAUGUGAAAGAUGGGCAGAUGUCUUUGAAGAAACAACAAACGAAUCAAUCUGAUAAGCAGGAAGUAACAAACUUCCAGUCUGUGGAUAAUGGACCAUGACACCACAUCCUGUGUCUCCUCAGUUAAGUGGUGUGUUACAAAUAAGCAAAUGCUGUCUCAUUGGAAUUAUGAGUAUCUAGAAUUUUCUCUUACAAGAGUGUGAGAAGGGGUCUGAGCUCAAGUCAGAGCUGCACCUCCCCUGUGUGCAUAGCCCAGGCACCCAGUGGUCACUCUCCUAGUGUUGACCUUAAUAGAAUCCAUUGUCAGCUUAAUUUACUGAGCAGAUCAGCUGUUUGUCCUUCUGGUUCUUGACAUUCACUUGCCUUGAAUGCUUUGUUCUCCCCUUCUUGGCCUUACCACCUUGUAAAACAGGUUGACAUCAAGUUGCAACAUCCUAAUUCAAGGGCCCUGUGAGGUUUUGCUAUAGAAGAUCGUGAGCUGUUGAGAUUUCAUAUUCUUUUAGGGUAGGACUUAUUUCUCAACAGAAGUGCCAAUAUGGCAAGAUUGCAAAAGAAAGUAGUAUUAUGAUGAUACCAUUACAUCUGAUUAUUGAACUGUCUUAGAAAUACUCUCCAACACAAAAUAAAGCCCAGGCAUGUUUCCAGGGUUAGCUAGAGCAUUACUAUCUUUCUGUAUUGAGUGCACUGUUUUACUUUUUUAUCAUGCACAUUUUGUGUUGGAAUAGAUGAUUACAAAAUGUUUUUGUUACACUAAUGGACAUUACAUAUUUAUGCUUUAUUUUUAAAUGAUUUUUAUGGAUAAUUUAGGUUAUCUUAGUU